GGGAUCCCUAAUUGCACGUGGAAUACAUGUUCUUCUGUCGUAGUUCGUACUUCUCCUUUCAUAUAUCGGAAAGGCUUCCCCGCCCAAACUUCGGCUUCCCUGACUCUCUCUGUGCUUCUACAAAAAGACGCAACGCUGCUCAGAGACGAAUCAAAAGUUUCGUAACUCCCAAUUAACACAAACCCUUCUCUCCCAAUCCAACGGUCCUAACCCCUCCCCCUAGCUCCAACCCGCCCAUCCACCCUCUUAUCACAACCGUCCGUUACAGAAAAACCUUGUCCUUUUCUGUGCCCACCCUAGCGUUUAUCUCCCCACCCACAUUUAACAAUGGCAAUGUUGGUACCUUCGUGGCUUGAAUCAUUGUUGUCGACGGCCUUCUUCUCCAUCUGCCGGUGGCACAAAGAUGGUCCGAGAGGCGAAUGCAACAUGUACUGCUUAGAUUGCAACAAUGGCGCAUUCUGCUCUUAUUGUAAAUCAUCAAGACACAAAGAUCACCAAGUAAUUCAGAUCAGACGGUCGUCGUAUCACGAUGUUGUGAGGGUGUCUGAGAUUCAGAAGGUGUUAGACAUCAGCGGAGUUCAGACUUAUGUGAUAAACAGUGCGAGAGUGUUGUUUCUUAACCAGAGGCCUCAGCCUAAAACAGCCGUUAAGGGGGGCUCACAUAUCUGUGAAAUAUGUGCGAGAUGUCUCUGGGAUCCUGUUCGUUUUUGUUCAUUGGGAUGCAAGCUUGAGGGACUAAAGAAGAAGGGGGAAGCCAGCUAUAUCUUGAGCGCAAAGAAAGAAGAAGAGGAGGGAAGAAAGGAAGGUAAACAAAGAAGGUUACCAUCAGAAGAAUUAUUAGAAGAUCAAUUGCGUGAAGGAAUGCAACAAGAAAUGUACCAAAGCACUCCAACUCCAACUCCACCACCUCAUUCAGAUGCAAGGAAAAGGAGAAGAAAGGGCAUACCGCAUAGAGCACCUUUAAGGCCUUAAAUUAUAAUCUUAUUAGUACUUGCUUAGCCAGCUCAUUGCUUAUGCAAGUACCCCCAUGUGUCCUAAACAUGGUGGGAAGCUGUCUUUAUGGGGUUUUAAACAAAUUAAAGGUGGGUUUGGGUACCUUUUUAAAUUGGGUUUGUGUUGGCUUUUGGGUGCAAUAAUGCUGCAUUAAUUUUUGAAAUAUGCAAGGUGUAAAUGGCAUCCAGAUUCGAACUAUUUUAUAUAUAUAAAGAAACAACAGCUCAGUUUUUUU